AGGCGAGGGGUCGCAGAGCCAGAGCACAGUCCGUCACGGAGCCUGGGGAGACCUUCCUCCCAUCCUGCGUGGGUGUGGGCCCCGGGGUCACAGCACACACUUCCUGCGACCGUCUUUCCUUGAGAGCGGACGCAGAGCCGUGCGGACAGAAGCAGGAAAUGGCAUCUGCAUGAUGUCAGUCCCAGCAAGGAAAGCUGCUGUGCUCGGGCACGUCAGGGGGGCGCCGACGCACAGACCCAGGGCCGCGCACGCGGGGCGCCGGGGCCGGAACAAGGAGACGUUUCCCUGGACACAGAUUCCUGCACCUUCGGAGAACAAUUUCCUAGAACUGGUGUAGAAUGCCCACGUGAUUUCAGGAAAAUGUUUGAAACAAACCCGUCAGCUGUCCUCCGGGGGUGGAAACAAGACCUCGAGAGCAUUACGCGUCCUAGGGCUCCCCUGUGAGUGACCUCACAGCCCCCGCGAGCCUGGGCUGGGGACGUGUCUCCACGGCCCCCGGGGGAGAAGUGAGGCUCGGGCGGCUGGGAGCGCAGGGCUGGGGGCAGGGCCUGGCAGAGUCUGGCGUCCGCCCUGGGGCAGAGCCUGCGGGAACCUGCCUGCUCGCGGCCACGGACAGGCCGGCCCGAUGGUGGCCGUCCGAGGGAGUCUGAGGGUUUCGCGUCCUCUCCCGAUUGCCACCUUGACUUUGGUCAAAUCGCCUGCUCUCUUGAGUUUUUCAAUCGACAGGGGAAUAUCGGUAUCUUCCGUAGGGUUCUUGGGAAGAUGGUUGGAGGAGGUGCAUUAGAAACUAUUUAUCUGGCAGGUAUGAAGGGCGUCACAAGGGCGUCUGAGAGCAGAGGAACGCUCCCUGCACAGGGAAGGUAAGAAAUCCCUGUGACAAUUCUAGUCCGUAACACACUGAGCUCGUGGCAAGUCUGAGCUGCACUGAUCAUGAAUAAUGUCGCUCGGAAAAGAUAAGGAGGCAAGCACGGACUCGGACAUGCCCACUCCGCUACCCAGAGCCUCUUCUUUGAACAAACCGACAUCCGAGCUUUCUGUUUUUCUCCCAGAAACACAAAAUGCAAAAUGAUUCCGUUGCAUUUGGUCAUUAUUCACAAAAGGCCUGGUUCCAUCUGGCUGUAGUCUUCUUUAUAUUAAUGAAAAGAUCCUUUUUAAACCCGGAAAACUUGGACGUAACAGUCUUCUAUAGUGUGCGUUCUCAGCCGGCUUGUUGGGUGCACAACCCCAGACGCGCCCCAUGGCGGACAAGUGGCGGAGCCCUUGGGGGUCCGUCCCGCGGCCUCAGCGGUGCGGCUCACCUCGCGGCCUCUCAGGUUCUUUGCUUCUUCCUCUUCGGACGACAACAGGCUCCUCCCGGGGCUGCGGACGUCACCCAAGAGGAAGAAGGCAGGAGGCGACCAGAGCAACCCGUCCUGUUGGGGAAAAGGAAAAACGCCCCAACAAAGGACACGCAGAGGCAGAGCAGAGCCUCCCUUCCUCAGGGCCCCGCCGGAGAGCCUAGGGCAGACCGAGCUCGCCAGGCGGAGUGUUCCAGGUGCUUCGGGCCUGGCCGUAGCUCUGGCAGCCUCCAAGUGUGCCCCCUACCCCCGUCUCUCAGUCUGUUCCCCGAGGGCAGCGUUAGACGUGGGAGGACCUGGCAGACUUGGGGACACAGGCGCGGGGUCCCAAGGGGCUCUGCUGCAGCGUCAUCUUCAGACCCACUCCAGGAGCCCCAGCAAGGGGCGUCCCGUGGCCACGCCAGCCUCGCCGGCCGCCCCAGGACAGGGCGUUCCCUCCACGCACGUCCCCCGAGGGUCCGCCAUCUGCAGGUCGGGGGGUCAGUGGCUCCCGAGGACAAAACAGACUCUGCCCUCGCGGGGCUCACUCAGUGUCUCUUGGACUGGACUUGGGCCGAGCAGAGAACCUUGGAAAUAAAUGAAACUCGUGGGGGCUUCUUCAGAAAGUCUACGUGGGGCGUGCUGUAGUGAGUCCGGAUCCCGGUGGCCCUCGGCUUUCCCUUGCGCCGGCUGUAGCAUGCUCUGCCCAGGAGGGUCGUCAAGAGAGGGCUGGCCCUUCUGUCCUCCCACCGGGGCGCCCGGCGUCCUGGCGGGGAGGGGAGGGCACGCGGCCCCUCCUUUGCUGAAUCCCACGCUCCUUCCUGGGUGGCUGAGUUCUGCGUCCACGAGGGAGCCGGGAGAAGGGGGUCGUGCCUCGUGCAUCUGAGGGAGCCAGAGACGGCGGUUUCGGAACUGAAUGACAGGACGAAGAGUGGGGACCUUAGAGGCUACAGAGGGUGGGGGCUCCUUUCUCCGGAACGGGAGACCCUUGGAGACAUGAGUGCUGAUGCCCUUCGCUUUGGAGGACUUGAACAGACUCGGAGUCCUCCCACGCGUGAAGGAAGCUGCAAGCCCCUGUCCUGCGCCCGGGCUUCAGGUACCAGCCCCAAAGGAAAGUGACACAGGAGGGUAUCAAGUGAGUAUCAACAGCUUCUCCCUGCGUCGCCUGCCUCCACCAACCCCAGCCCCGCUCCCCGAGGCGUGUGUGCGCGUGUGAGUGUGCACACCUCUGUGUGGUUCCCUCUGUCUCCACGCUGUGCUGGAACCUACUUUCUCACUUAAUAAAGCAUCGCACGGCGUUCUGUGGACACAUGGGUUUCCGGACAGCUGCAUGGAACCUCGGUCCCUGGCUGUGAGGUACUCACUGUCCGAUCUGGGGAGCCAUGGCCCAGGGUCUGCGGCGCACGGGAGCCCGAGCCUGCGCUGACCGCACCAACAAUGGUUACCGUGAAUGGUGUGGGAUUGCCUUUAUCUGACCCACUGUAGCUAUAAAAAUGGCAAUUGACUAUGGUUCAACAGAAACAAUUGGAAUUAGGUUCAACAUAAGAGAAUGAAAACGAAUGAUUAAAUAUUUUGUUUGAAACCCCCCUCUCUUCCUCCUCUGUCGUUCCUUAUGAUUUUCUCUUUUUCUUGCUUCCCCUCCAGCCAAGGGGGCGCAUCCUGAGCCCUAGCUCCCUGCACCCACCGGGGAAAGGCGCUGGGUCGGCUCCGCUUUCCCCUGCGGGGGGAGCAGGGCACCACCUGCGGACACGCUGGGCUGGCGCUGCCUGGGGCCUCCACCUUCGGUUCUAGACCCUCAUCCCCUCCGUCCCCCAUGACCAGGGACGGAGGGUCUCAUGACAGCGGCCAGACCUGCCCGUGGCCUGCCAGGAGAGGUGCAGCAGCCCCGGGCUGUCCCGCGGGGGACGAGCUUCCCACCGAAGGCCUGGUUCUUUGCAGCCUGGAGACGGUCUUGCUUACGGGCUCGGAAUUCCCUUGUAUUCUAAGACGAUACCGGAUCUUUAAUGUCUAAAGCAGCUCUGCCAGAUUCUUAAAAGUUCCCUGAUAUUUCUUACAGGAGAAUUCUGCUGGACG